AACAUGCUCUUUAAUAGGCCAACUUAGGAAUUCUGGCCAAUCACCUUUAGCGUUCUACUACGGCACAAAAAAAUGGCUGCCUCCAGUCGAAUACAAAAUUGAUGUGUAAACUUUGAUUAAAUUGAUUCGGUAUUUAAGUCCUUAUUGAAAUAAUGGAUGGAUCAAAGAAUACAGUAUUUUGUACCGCUAUCGAUGACUUACCAGAAGAAAUAUUGGAGCAUAUUUUGUGGUACUUGUCGCCUUACAAAGACUUUAAAUCGGCGUUACAGGUGUGCAAAGCUUGGAACCGAGUGGUGAAAGGUCUUAUGGUCCAUAAACAACAAGCCCUUUACCGUGCCCUAACAGAGUCCAAUAUCACCUGGACCUUUAUUCCUCCAGAGGAUGGCCCCACCAUAGUGGAGAGAUACUCUCACAGUGUGUGCUACUUUGACAAGUCGAUGUAUGUGUUUGGUGGCUGUACAUCAACGAAUACUACCUUCAAUGAUAUUUGGAGGUAUGACCUUGGGACAAGACAAUGGAUAAGGCCACUAGCCAUGGGUAUUUACCCAGCUCCAAAGGGCUACGCUUCCAUGGUGAAAUAUAAAGACAGCCUGAUACUAUUUGGGGGAUGGAGCCACCCUACCCCCUAUCCAUUACAUCAGCUAGGUCCGGCCAGACUCUUCAACGAGCUGCACAUCUAUAGUCCUGUGUCCAAUAGGUGGACGUUGGUCCACACGCACUGCCCACCACUGCCCACUGCUGGACAUUCAGCCAGUAUCAUAGGCGAUGGGAUGAUGGUUGUGUUUGGUGGAUCUCAUGGACUGGGUAGUAGCUGCAAUGACCUGGCAGUGUUGAACUUACAAACCAUGACAUGGAGCAAAGUUGCUACCACCAGUCCCAAGCCCUUGGCCAGAUAUGGGCAAUCUCAGAUUGUGCUGGAUUCACACCAUAUUCUGAUAGUUGGAGGUUGUGGGGGACCGAAUAUGCAAUACAGUGACAUCUGGCUGCUUACAGUGAAGCAAGAUGAGCCAUGGAAGUGGAAAGAAAUGGAGAUUCAUAAUCCAGAGAAUAGUUCCCCUCAGUUGUGGUGUCAUCCAGCAUGUCAGGUUGGAGACAAGGUGGUGGUGUUAAGCAAGCCACACAAAGCCAGAGCCCCACAUGCCCUUUCCUCCCACGAGCCUCCUCCUCAGCCCAGACCAGCACCAUCUAGGGUAUGGGUGCCACCCAGGGAGGAUCAGGUCAGAGGUCAAAGGCCACAGGGUCAGAUAUUAAAUUCUCAGCCUGGUCUGUCAGCACAUUCUGUGCCCUCAAAAAGAGCACUGAUUGAUACUAGUGACAGCUCCAGUGAUGACAGUGACAGUUAUAAUAAUGUGUCUGCAGCACCAUCUAGUGACAGUUUUAAUGAUCAACAGGUUGCAGCACCAUCUGGAGAAGAGGGAGGUGCGUGUAAUGUUUCCCCAUCUGCACUUAGAGCAGGAAUGCCUUCUGUUCGCCCUAAUGCGAUGAGCAACAGACAGAAACAGUUAGAAAUGCUGAGGAAGCACGAGGAUCGACUUAGGGCUCAAGCUAUUCAGGCACAACAUAAAAAGUCCUCAAAGUUUAAGGCAAGGAAGUGCAAUAGUUACCUUUAUCCAAGAGACAAGAAAAAUACAAUGCAACUUCAUGUGCUGGAUGUAAGCACUGCCAUCACAGAGGGGUGUGUCACGUGGCAACCAAUCAGAGAGAACUUUAUGGAGGAUGCCCCAGAGGAGACAAUAUUUUAUUCGUUAGUGGCAGGGAGGGGAGAACUUGUGAUGUUUGGGGGAAUUAAGACAGAGUUGAAUUCGAUGCAGAGAGACAGGGGGUCUAUCACACAUGUUGUCAGUAAUGACAUUAGGAUUAUAUCUGCCGCUGAGUGCAUAAAAUAAUUACAGAUUUUGUACAUUUUUUUUUCUUUUAGAUUUAUCUAUUCAGUUGACAUGAACUUAAAUCAAAUCUCUUUUCUUGUUGUUUAAUUUUAGUUAAUGCUAUUAUUUAUAUAUAAAUUUAGAUUAGGGAUGAGAUUUUUCUAACUGUUGAUGGAUUUUCUAAUUUUUGGAGACAGAAAUAUCAUUGCCCUAGGUGGUCCCCAGGAUCCCAUGCCAUAUUUUCCAACUUUUCCACUAAUUGGCAGUCUCAUCCCUGUAAAGUGGUUAGUAUUAUCAAUCAGUUUUUGAUAAAUCAAUGUAGUAAUCACUGCAAUACAUUAACUUGUCAUCAGGACAAGAGAAAGAUGUUGCAGCUCUUAUUGAAAAGAUGUCAGCUUCAUGAUUUUUUUUUUCUUUGAGUUAAUAAAUUAUGUUCAUACUUGAUCAUCUAAAUAAACUGUCUUGUUGCAUGUUUAUUUUUAGGGAAAAAUAAAUCUUUUAUGGAAGCUCUUGAUAAACCCACUUUAUUUAGAAUGCUUACUGUUGAAUGCAUGCUAACAGCAUUACUUUUAACAUCUUCAAAGAGUGAAUUAAAAGAAAUUCCUUCAUCAGGAACAGAUUAAAGGUAAUAUAUCAAACAUUUCUCUGCCGACACAAAUUUUCCGUUUUUGUGGAAAGGGGGUGUGCAAUUUUCUCCUAAUCCAGCAUCACCCCCUCCCUGCAAUUGGAUUUGGUAUUUUAUUCCAUUUUUCCUGAUGUCCACAGUAGUAUUCUUCCUAGAAUUAGAAUUUGUCUCAUUUUCAUUGCAUAACAAAUAUGCCCUGUUUUGUAUUGCGAUCUAGCUUCAUGUAUAAUAUAGACAGUUUUAUAUCUCAUUUAAUAUUGUGCAAUCCCAUGGCUUACAACUUGCAAGAAUCAAAGGUUCUGCAGGAAAUAGUGACAGUAAGUGUGCUUCAGAUAAACUUAUUUAAGGGUCUUUAUGGUCUGUAAGGUCUGAAUUGGGGAAAUAAAAGAUAACAUGCUUAGCUGGAUAAAAA